AGGAAAUUGUUCUGAAGGCACAGAUUCUGGCUGGAGGGAGAGGAAAAGGUGUUUUCAAUAGUGGAUUGAAAGGAGGAGUUCAUCUAACUAAAGACCCUAAGAUUGUUGAACAGCUUGCUAAACAGAUGAUCGGGUACAAUCUGUCAACAAAGCAAACUCCAAAGGAUGGUGUGACAGUUAAAAAGGUGAUGGUUGCAGAAGCACUGAAUAUUUCCAGGGAAACAUACUUCGCAAUUUUGAUGGACAGAGCCUGCAAUGGACCUGUUAUGGUUGGCAGUCCACAGGGUGGUGUUGACAUAGAAGAAGUUGCAAUUACUAGCCCAGAACUUAUAUUUAAGGAGGAAAUAGAUAUUUUUGAAGGCAUAAAGGAUCAUCAGGCAUUGCAGAUGGCAAAAAAUUUGGGAUUCAAAGGACCUUUGCAACAGCAGGCAGCAGAUCAAAUUAAGAAGCUGUAUAAUCUUUUCUUGAAAAUUGAUGCCACUCAGGUUGAAGUGAAUCCCUUUGGUGAAACUCCAGAAGGGCAAGUUGUUUGCUUUGAUGCCAAGAUAAACUUUGAUGACAAUGCAGAAUUUAGGCAAAAAGAAAUAUUUGCCAUGGAUGACAAGUCUGAAAAUGAGCCUAUAGAGAACGAAGCUGCCAAAUAUGAUUUAAAAUAUAUAGGACUGGAUGGAAAUAUUGCUUGCUUUGUCAAUGGAGCUGGACUUGCAAUGGCAACAUGUGAUAUAAUAUCCUUGAAUGGUGGAAAGCCAGCCAACUUCUUGGAUCUUGGUGGAGGUGUGAAAGAAGCACAAGUGUAUCAAGCAUUCAAGCUGCUGACUGCUGAUCCAAAGGUAAAAAAGUUGCAUUUGGACCAGAAGCUUCCUAAGCAGCAGUACAGCUGUGUUACAGGACUAUGA